UAUAUAUCUUGUCAGAAAGGUGUAUCUAUCGGUCAAUGGCUUCGUCUUCAGAAGAGCAGCAAACAAGAGAGCCGGAACCUUCGAAAGAGAUGGCACACAAGACGAAGUUGAUACAGUUCUUGGGACGCACCACUCCGGUCAUUCUUCAGAACGAUAAUGGCCCUUGCCCUCUCCUUGCUAUCUGUAAUGUUCUUCUGUUGAAGAAUCAAUUGAAUUUGAGCCCAGACAUCCCUGAAGUCUCACAGGAGAAAUUGCUUUCACUUGUUGCAGAGCGGUUGAUCGAUUCAAAUAGUAAUGUCAAUAACAAAGAUGCAGGGUAUGUUGAAAAUCAACAACAGAACAUUGCUGAUGCAAUUGAUUUGCUUCCUCGACUUGCAACUGGGAUUGAUGUAAAUAUAAAAUUCAGGAGAAUUCAGGAUUUUGAGUUCACCCGAGAGUGUGCAAUAUUUGACUUGCUGGACAUCCCACUUUAUCAUGGUUGGAUAGUUGAUCCCCAGGAUUAUGAUACUGUGAAUGCAAUUGGGUCAAAGUCAUACAAUACCCUUAUGGGAGAGCUUGUUGCCCUUGAAACACAACAUACUGAGAAUGAACAGAAGAAGCCUGAAGAAGAUUGUGUUGAUUUCGCUGCUGCAACAACUGCAACUCUAGGAGUACCUUCUCCAUGCCUCUCAAGAGGUAUAUCUUUCGAUGAUUCUCCCCGCUCCACUUCAGAUCACCACAAAUUAAGAAAAGGAGACGUUGAAGAAGAAGCAGAGCUGUUGAGGGUCUUGAAGUUAACAGAAGUUGAAAUGCCCGUUUCAGCAGAUGAUACCCUUGCAGUUGAUACUGAUGCAAAGAAUUUAUUUGUCAGUUCAACUGAGAGUGCAUAUUCGAAUAAGUCUGAACCUGUGGUUCUUGUAAAGACAUUAGAAGGGAAUAUUGAUUGCAGAAGACAAGAGUUUAGUCAGCGGGAACUAUCACUAGCAGAUGAUACCAAUGCCUUUGGCAAGUACAAUAGUGAUAUGAUAACUUUUGAAACAGCUUCAGGGGAAGGUGUUUGUUCACCCUCAAAGACUGAUCAGGGAAAUUCCAAUGGGCAAUCAAAAUGUGAAGAACCUGGAGAACAUGUUAUAUGUAAAGAUGUAGCCCAGCAACCUUGUUCCGAUCCUCUGAUUGAUAAUGAAAGUGGACCAUUGGAUUCUUCGGUGAAAGAUGCUUCAUCUGUGCGUGAAAGCCAUAUGCAUUGUUCUGGAGGUGAGGUACAAGUUCAGAACCAAUCUACUACCCUGGCUGAUACACACAAGGAAGGAAUUGAUACAAGUGGUUAUGACAUAGUGGAUAGCUCUUGUUUGUCUACACUAGUGGUAGAGUCACAUUCAUCCAGUGACAGAAGACAAAGCACUGGUGUGCCUGAAGCUUUCAAUUCAAGUGUUGAUGGCAGUGAGCCAAUAUAUGAAGGAGAGGAAUGUAUAUUGGAGUCAGGAGCUGCAACUUAUGAAGAUCGUGAGCCUGUAUAUGAAGGGGAAGUUGUUCUUGCGAAACAAGUGGAUACAGGCAGCGCAGAUGUAUUUGAUGCAAAUUCGAAUGAUGAGAUCACUCCACAACAAGGGGAACUGAUCAGGAAUUUUUUGAGGAACAGUGCUAGUCAGUUGACCAUUUACGGCCUAUUUUGCUUACAAGAUGGUCUGAAAGAACGUGAGCUUUGUGUGUUUUUUCGGAAUAAUCACUUUAACACCAUGUUUAAGUUUGAGGGUGACCUAUACAUUUUGGCUACCGACCAAGGUUAUAUAAAUCAGCCUGAUUUGGUGUGGGAAAAGCUCAAUGAGGUUAACGGGGAUACAUUGUAUAUGACUGGUAAUUUUAAGGAAUUCAAGAUUGAGAAUCAUGCCGACAACCCGUGGGAUGAGCAAAGUGCUUUGGCCAAUACUGCUGACUACCUUGCCAGCAUUGACAAUUCAACACAAGGACAUUCGAGUUUCAAUUCUGACCUGCAAUUGGCUAUAGCUCUUCAACAACAGGAAUUCGAGCAACAGCCCCAGCGUAAUGUGCAGCAGCCAACUGUUGGCAAUGAUUCAAGGCUGGUCACAGGACCCCAGGUGCCAAGGCCUAGUAGCAAAACCUCAACUUCGUCUUCCAGGCAGGAACCAAAAUCAUCGAAAGAAAAGUGUAAUGUGAUGUGAAAAUUGGAUCAGGUGGAAUGGAAAAUAUGUGUAUUGUAUAGUGCCACUGUAUCACGGUCCUAUUACAUACCGCGUCUAUCCAUUUAUCAUAUGUGAUUGUAGACCCCUCUGUAAAUAAAGUAUAUUUUACCACACUCCUGGGGGUGUGAUUUUCUGAUUUUUUUUUUUCCCCAGUAAGCAGAUUUUGUGAGUGAGAUUCCGAGUAGGUGGUCCGGAAACAGCACAUGUGCCAUGUGGCCCCAUUCUACUGGCGCGACUGUUUGUAUAUUUGCAAAAAUUGAUAGGAGGAAAAGGUCUGAUGUUCAUGUGGAACUCCAAUUAAGUAACAGCAUAACCUUCAAAACAUUCAUUUGGUAAGUCAUGCUAUUUCUUUUGAUUUUCAGUUUCUAAAAGCACCCCCACCCUUUACCUCCAUCUAGAAG